ACACAGCUGCAGCUGCAUGGACAACAGUCUCUGCAGAACUCCAUCCGUCCACUAUGUCUGCUCAGAGCAGCAUUCUGCUUCUCGUCACUCUUUGGGCUUCAGUGCAAGAUGGUUUAGGUCUUCCAGUGAUGAACCAGGUGGAGGUGGAGGUUCAAGAAAGAGUCCCAACACAUCGAUUGAGGACCAAACGCUGUGCCUGCUCGAACCCGCUGGACUCAGAGUGUCACUAUUUCUGCCACCUGGACAUCAUAUGGAUCAACACACCCAGCAAGACGACAGUUUAUGGUCUAGGUGGUGCCUUCUCUCGACGCAGACGAUCCACUGGCCGCUGCACAUGUGCCAACCGCGAUGACCAACCCUGCGCCAAAUUCUGCUAUCUCAGCCCUGAAAUCAAAUCUCUACAAAGACAAAAACGGCACUCACUCAGCAUUCUCAGCAGAGUGAAGAGGGCACAGGGUGCACAUGAUUCAGACAGAGGCAAGUCUCCGUGGGCUCAGAUGAAGCGCGCUGGCUAAACAGUGGAGCUACUGGAGCAGGGGGAAAAUGAGAGAGAGAGAGAGCAGUGAGCACCUGAACAAAUUACCCUCCUUUGAUACAGAGGAGGGGAAACAAAGGGCUGAGAGAUGAGUCCCACACAGGAAGGCCAUGGAGAAAAGCCAAAGCGCCACAAAGAUGGUCUGUUCGUACCUGCAAUUAGAGGGCGGAAAAUGUGACGCCAGUUCUGCAGAAGAAGAGGAUCGCAGCUGAUAUGAGUUAUCAGGUCAUUUGUGACUUUUGCCUUUUGGUGUGUCAGAGCUGUGUGACUGUGCAGACAGGCCAGGCCAGCACCGACUAAGAAGACAGAAAGAGGAAGAAGAGACUUGUACUUUGUAUGUACGAGUCAUAUUUUUGCUGUUGCAUAAGACUCUAUUUACUAUAUUACAGAGCUCUAA